UUCCGGUCACCCGUUGCCAACAGCCUUCUGCCUGAUCAGAGAAGCUUGCUUCUCCCUUAGCCUUUGUUGCCGCCGCCACAGCUGCCUGCCCAGCAACGCCUGCUUUCAACUCACCGUCGCACCACCGCCGCCAGCCAUGACGACCCCGGCGCCAUCCCAGGUGUGCCAGAACUACCAUCCCCACUGCGAGGCCACCGUCAACAUCCACCUCAACCUGCAGAUGUACGCCUCCUAUGUGUACCAGUCGAUGGCUUUUUACUUCGAUCGAGACGAUGUGGCCCUGAAGCACUUCGCUCAGUACUUCCUGAAGCUGUCCCGCGACAAGAGGGGGCAAGCCGAGAAGCUGAUGGCGCUCCAGAACCUGCGAGGGGCCCGCAUGCGCUGCCAUGAGGUCCACAAGCCGGAGCCCGACUGCUGGCAGAGCGGCCCCAAGGCCCUGGAGUGCGCCCUGCACCUGGAGAAGAGCAUCAACCAGAACCUGCUCGAUCUGCACCAGCUGGCCACCGAGAUGCAAGAUGCCCACCUCCGUGACUUUCUGGAGUGUUACUUCCUCAACGAGCAAACCGAGACCAUCAAAGAUCUGGGGGACCGUCUGUCCAGCCUGCGCAAGCUGACGGCUGCCGAAGACGGCAUGGCAGAGUACCUCUUCAACAAACUCACCCUGGGAGACAGCGCCCAGGACAACUGAGGCCGCACUGCCUUGCCCAUGGAACCGGGCGCGGGGUGCCUU